UCUAUUGUACACCCCAAGUCCCCACGUGCAAGGAGUGACUAAUUAAACUUGGUAUUUCGGAUGGUUUCGAGAAAAAGCUUAUUCUCACCCAAACGAAUGUCAUCGAGUAUCAUUGGUCUAUUGGUGUUCACAUUGGUAAUGGCCGGUGAUUAUUCAAGGCAUUGGGGGUGUCGGGGGGUAAGUGGUUACCUUAUCUCCUUUGACGAUCAUCCCAACCUUGAAGGCUGGUAUGAUUGAUUGUCUAAGUGGACUAGGAUAUUCAACAAGUAAGCCGUCUGGGGAGAGGUUAGGGUUACCCUCUGAAGUGAAGAAGUAUAUGAAGUCUUCGAUUUCUCGUCCAAAGAACUUCGAAACAUCAUCCAAUCUCAGUCUCUCCUUCUAUCCUAUUGCCUCUUCUUUAAGUCAUCUUAUCUCAGUCUCUCUUUUUAUUCCAUUGACUUCCUCUUAAGUCCCCAAUUCAUACACCAAGAACUUCAAAAUGCUUAUUACCUCUUUCCUUACCAGCCUCUUGAUGGGCUCUUCCAUCGUCGCAGCUGCAGUUGUUCCUCAGGCAAUCGACGAAUCCAAGAUCAUUCUCUUUGGCGUCGAUGGCCGAACAGAAGUCAUGGACAAGGCUGAAUUCAUGGCCCUCCAUAAGGGAAAUCUUACCGCUGCACCUGGUCCCCUCAAACUCACUGAUCGACCAUUGAACGAGACCAUAGCAAUGGAAAUCGAGGCAGCUCAGCUCUCCAAACGUGGCUGCAAGUCCUACUCCAUCGUCAGAGAGAACGCCGAUCAGAAGUUCUUGAACUGGGACAUCCAAAUGUCCGAUAUUCUCCAUGCAACAGACCGCGAUGCCACUCUCGGCGUCACCCAAGGUCACAGCGUUGCAAAUUCUAUCGGCGUCUCUGUCAGCUUCACGGAGUCACUCAUCAAAAAUUACCUGUCAGCAACCUUUGGCAUUACCUACACAGAGACUUGGACCAACACCUAUACCACUGCCUAUACAUUCACUGUACCAAAGGGCAAAUAUGGAGUUGUCGUCUCAAACCCUUGGACCACCAGAAAAUCCGGCAAUAUUGAUAUUGGAUGUAUUGGUGUACGCGGCCAGAAAUCUACUUACCAAGCUGAUAGCUACGAAAGCAACAGUUACCAGGGAUUAAGCUGGGUUUCUGGCACCAUCAGUCUUUGCACCUCCAACAGCCAUUCAAUCCAUUACUGCAUCGGCAACGGAUACCACAAUUAGUAGGGAGAUGGGAUGUUUCUGUUGGAAUGGCAUUUAAUGCUAAGGCAUCUCUCCUGGAGAGUUUUACCACAAUUGAGUGUUUAGUUUGGAAAGAAAGGUGCGGAUUUGGCAGUUUGUGUGUGGAUUAAGUAGUUUGGAUAAUGCAAGGAUCGGCGAAGAACUAAUAACAAUACUUUGUUUCAACUU